UAUAUUCAAGUUGUCAAAUGCCAAACGGCCGUUAAGAAAGCGGUUGCGUGCUAAACAUUGUAACGGUGGCGGAAUCGAAGAACGUGUGUGCGUAAUUUCAACACAGUAAAAUUAAUUAUUUAUUCUAAUAUUGUGCGAAUUCGAGUGACGAACAAAGUAACAAAUAUAAUGUACAUUAAUCGCGAAUAUAUGGUUGCAAGAGAUAGUAUCUUUUGUUCAUAAUGCCAACGAACGUGCCCGUGUGAAUGCUAACGAUUACAAUUUCGUGUUCUUCAUAACGUUAACAGUGUCCUCCGAUUUUUGUACAAACUGUUUCACGAUUUAAUAUAAUUUUCUUCGUGGUAUGCAUUUCGGAUGCAUUUAACAAGGCUGAUAGCGAAUUUUUAGCGAGAAUUAAGAAAUAUCGUCAGGAUGUCAAGUCCAAGAAGCUUGGGUGGUUCGGUUCGCGAAGGUACCAGGGUAGUGCUUCGUGAAAUUACUGCAUCCCUCCAUAAUUCGCCGCCAAUGCAGCCUCUUCGUCGCAAGAGUACCAACGAGAAUACUGCGUCGAAGAACGCCGAGCAUGAGGUGAAGGUUCGAUUUGCUCGCGAGUUCGCUGACGUCGGAUCGAUCACCUACUCGGCUCCGGAAAGUCUAUCCUCGGCCAGCAGUUUCCAGAGUCUCAGUAGCACCCUCAGCACGAAGAGCAGCAGCGGUAUCUGCCCAGAUUCCGUGCCCCAGAGCCCUAACCAAACUUUAAACACCUCUUACGUCAAUAGAAAUAUAUCUGGCGUGGAAGAUUUGAUCCUCGGUUGCGCAGAAAUCCAUUUAAACAGCGACGACGACCGCUCGUACGACACUCUAGAGAACUCUCAGGAUCUCAGCCAGGAUCAGACGUUCGCGUCUGCCACUGACGAGAUUCUAGCUGAUCUUACCAGAGACCUUGCCAGCGAAAUCUCGUUAACAGACUCGCAGAACGCGACAGAAAGUAUAGAUAGCGUGUCUACGACUCGCGAGUCCACGUGUUCGCCUCUUAAUCGUACACAGGAUAUCCGGGACCAACCUAUAGUAAACACCAUAUGCGUAAGAGAGCCUCUGCCGGUUGCGAUUAUAAAGUCUGAUAGGAGGAACAGCUUUAUAAAGGUAGAGCCAUUCGUGGAGAGAUCGAUUUCUCCGCAUAGGAGUAAUGAUUUCAACAGCAAUGACUAUCAGAUUAGUGGAAGCUGCUUGAAUACUGUUGAAGAGGCACCAGCGCCUCAGUGUCUCAGCAGAGAGAAGUCUAACUUGGAUUCGACUGUAUGGUCAUCGCUUGAUAAAGAAAUUCCGGAUAUAUCGAAGGGAGAGGAGCACAGUGUGCUAGGGAAUAAUACGUCAGAGGCUCAACCUUUGUCUCUAAGUUCUGUAUCCUGUCCUCUUGUAAACUCUAUUGAUAAUUCAGUAUCUGUGUCAACGGAACAUGCGGAGGAGCCGUCGUUGCCAAGUAUAUCGACGUUGUCUUCCUCGUUAAUCGCCUUAGAUUCACCGAAAUUGUGUGAAAGCGAUGCGCGAGAUGAUAGGGACAAUGUGAAGAGCUUGCUGACUAGGUCACCAUCUCCAGUAAAUAAUUCUAACGCUGUAGCACCCUUGUCUCCACGAAUCGGAUCGAAGAGUCUUGUUCAAGAAGCGCGGAAUAAAAGCUUUACUCUGAUAGAGUCGUCUUCGCCUGAUCUUUGUAACGAUGCUACAAACUGUGAACAGAGUUGCGAGAUUCGUUUAAACGACACUCCUAUUGUAAGGCCAAAAACGCCUGAAGUUCAGGAAAAUUUAUGUACGAGUAUUGAUAAGGAACCUGAGAUUGGCAGUGUUGUUGUUAACAACGUCGAAUUUUCUCCUCUAAAGGAGACUAGCCUACAUGUAAAUGUUGUAACUUCAUCUAAGGAGGAGAUAUCGAAUAACAAAUUAGAUGAAUCUCUGGGCAAAAGGAGCGACGAAGAUCUUGAAAAGGUGGAUGUAAUAAAGUCGUUAAACGAGGAAGAAAAGAAGGAAGAAGAGGAACAAUCUUCUGAUGAUAAAUUGGACGCGACUCUGACGUUGCAGGAUGCUUCAUUGAUCUCAAAGACUGUGCCAGAGGUGGAACUGUACACAGACUUCAAGCCGGAGCGACAGAGCACCACGUUAUCUACGUUGAAUAUCGAGGAGUCGAAUUUCGACGAACUGAAAUCAGCCGCUGAACAGGUGGCCAAUGAUAUUUUCAAGUCUUCGUUGGAGCUUUCCGAAGAAACUGAUCCUUUCAUCAGCGCAGCAUCCGAAAUCUUCCAAGAUCCUACGAGCUUCGAUUAUUUUAUAAAUCACGGCAACGCGAAGACUGUCAAUCGUUUGAGAACCGAGUCCUUGUAUGUGAAGUUCGAUCCGUUGGUGGGGAAUACCACCAUGUUACCUCAAGGAAAUAUUCAGCCCAUGAAUGAGGAGCAAAACGGAAAAAGCGAGAACGUACCAGCAAAUAUUGUUACUCCUAAACGUAAUCCUGCCAUAGCAGCUAUAGAUAGGCUACUUUUUUAUAGUCCUAUUUCUACCAGUAUGACGCAGAAAACGGAUGAACCUCAAGAAAAGGUUGCUAGCAAAGAACAGCCCGUAGAAGAGCCUAAGUCAGACACUCCACUCAUUACCGACGUUAAUAUGAGCAAAGAAUUAGAAUUGGUAAGGUCAACGGUAUUACAGUUAGAGGAGGAAUUAGAGAAGCAAAGGAAAGAGUACGAAACUGAAUUGGAAAAGCAAAAGAACACUUUUCAAGAGAAAAUUAACAAAUUACAAGCACAAAUAGCGCAAGAAGUAAAAAGUAAAUCUCAGAUGACGGUCGUAGUCGAAGAAUACGAGAAAUCGAUUAGUCGGCUGCUCACAGAGAGAGAAAGAGAUCGUACGAAUUUCGAACAAGAGAAGGCAAAGAUCCAGGAGGAAUUGCAAGCGACGAAUGUUCAUUUAGCCAACACGGAGGCUGCUUUCAAUGACGUACAUCAAAAGUAUGAGAGGCUGAAAGGUUUCGUAUCUACGUAUAAGAAUAAUGAAACAGUAUUGAAAGAGAACAUUCAGGAGAACAUGGAAACCAUAAAGGACUUGGAAACACGGUACGAUCAAUUGAAGAAUCAUGCUAUGACACAACUUGAAAAAGCUAACUUCGAGUUAGAUGCUAUGCGAAAACAGCAUGAAGAUGAAACGGUGAAACUUCAUGCAAUGGUGAGGAAAGCAGAACUUAAGAGUAAUUCACUGGCCGAGUUGGUCGAACAAAAGACUAAAGAAAAUAAGGAACUAACGCAAAUAUUGGAUGAGGUGAUCGCCAGGGUGGGCCACCAAAAUAUCAUCAAAAUGGGAAGUACAAUUAGAACUUUUGGCUUACUUUUGUAUAAAAAUCUACUAAUAAGAAAGAGACAUUGGAAAAUGACAAUAUUCUUACAAUGUUUAGUACCUAUUACCUUGUUUAUACUCAUACAAGCUAUGAGAGAUUUUAGUGUACAACCACCACGUAUUAUUAAUGAAAGUACAUAUUAUCCUAUAGAAACCAAAGAUAAAUUGACAUACUUAAACAGAGAAUUUACUGUUUUAUAUUAUGUACCACAGAAUUCUUACACAGAAAGUAUUUUAGAAGAUGUUCGAAUGUGUUUGAAACUGCCAAAAGAAAAUGUAAAGGGAUUUGCAACUGAAAAUGAUAUGAUUAUGGCUUAUACAAUUUUAGAAGUUAAAUCUCCAACUUCUGAAGUUUUAGCUCUUGUGCUUGAACAGUAUAAUACAACUGAUAUAAGAUAUAAAAUUAGACAUGCCUUUAAAAUUCCAAAUAUAUUGUUCCAAAAGAUGUUUGAUCAACCCGCAUAUAAUGCACAUACUAUAUAUUUCAAUGCUAUACCAUUUGUGCAAUUGCAAAUGUGUGCUGAUGAAACUUUUAUAAAUCACACAGCAUCACAUCCUAUGAUGGAUACAAAGGUGUCAUUACAAAAAAUGCCUUAUCCACCAUUUAUAAAAAGAGAUGAGUCAGAUAUAAUAUUAAGACUGGCAAUAUGCACAUUUGCAGUGAUUGGUUUUUUAAUUCCACUUUGUGUGGAAACAAAUUAUUCAACAGCAGAAAAGAACAUUGGUGUAAAUGUUUUAAUGGCUAUGAAUGGAGUAAAGACUUAUCAAAAUUUAUUAAGUUGGUUAAUCACUGGCAUUGUAUUUAGUAUAUUUUAUGUAAUACCAAUAAUAGUAUUAUUUAAAAAUACAUUUACUGGGAAUGUUGAUCCAUACUUGUAUUACAGCAAUGCUUUUAUAUUUUGGCUAAUACUUACAGUACAUGUUGCUCAUUUGAUAUCAUUUGGUAUGCAUGUUGCUGCAUAUUUUUCAAAACCACAUUUUGUGGCAUCAAUAAUAUCAAUUAUUUAUACUGCUUCACUUUCACUCCAUGGAAAUUUAAUAAGAAAGGAAGUCUUUUCAAUAAUACCAUAUUUAGGUGUAAUAUUUCCAAAUAUACUGCUGUAUAGGUUCUUUGAAGAAGUAAAUUCAUAUGAAGCUCUAUUAACUGGAAUUCAAUGGUCAAAUAUGUUUUUUGUUGGAGAUGUACAAUAUAAUAUUUGUGGGAGUAUUGGAUUUAUAUUGAUCUUUUCUAUUUUGGGUACUUUGUUACAUUUUUCUCUUGCUGUAUAUAUCAAUGCCAUAUUUCCCGGAAAAUAUGGAGUUCGUAAAGAACCGUUGUAUUUCUUGAAGUAUUUAAGAAAGAAUAAAGUAUGUCUUGAUGAAGACAUAGAGGAUUUUGAUUAUGAUACCAUAGACAAUGAGAAUUUCGAACCAGUCGCGAAAGGUGCACUUACUCCUGGUAUUCAAAUCCGUAAUCUGAAGAAAACUUAUAAAAGUAUUUUUUUGCGAAAGUCAGCAGUCCAUGCUGUAAAGGGAAUUACAAUGGAUUUGUAUAAAGGACAAAUAACAGCUUUAUUGGGACAUAAUGGUGCUGGAAAAACCACACUUAUGUCCAUUCUAACAGGUGUAAUAAGUGCAACCAGCGGUAAAGUUCUUAUAAACGGUAAGAACAUACAGAAACAUUUGGAAUUUAUCAGAAACGAUUUGGGAUUAUGCCCUCAGGAAAACAUAGUUUUUCCGGACUUGAGUGUAUUCGAGCAAUUACAAUUCUUUGGUCUAUUGAAAGGUACAAAUAAAACAAGGAAAGAGAUCCAGAAAAAUAUUAAUGAUUUACUCGAUAAAUUAAAGUUAAACGAAAAAAGAAAUGUUCUUCCCAGCACAUUGUCUGGAGGACAAAAGCGAAGACUGUGCUUAGGAAUGGCCCUCAUCGGCGACGCUAGCAUCAUAAUUUUGGAUGAGCCAACGUCAGGAAUGGAUCCUGAAACUAGAAGGGACAUAUGGGAUAUAAUAUUAAAAAUCAGAGGAAAGAAAACAAUUUUGAUUAGUACACACAAUAUGGAAGAGGCUGAUAUACUUGGAGAUCGAAUCGCCAUCGUGCACGGAGGUCGAUUAAAAUGUUACGGCACGUCGAUGUUUCUAAAAAAACUAUACGGCUACGGCCAUAUAGAAGUUACACUGUCUACGAAAUCGUGGUGUAAUGCAGAGAAAGUAAUAAAUAAAUUCGACCCAAGGACGCAACAAAUAAGUGUGGACAACGAGAAAAUUGUCCUGAGCGUGCCUAACACUGAAACUUUACCUCAGUCUUUAGACAAAGUUGAGAUCGAGAAAAAGAAUUUGGGAGUUACAGGGAUCAGCGUGUCGCUAAUUACAUUGGAAGAAGUAUUCUUGAAGGUAAUUAAAAAUAAUGAUAAUGGAAAACAUCUGAACGAAUUAUUUUGUCUUUCAACGCAAAAAGUAGAAGGGUGGAGUCUGUGCAUACAGGCAAUUUCUGCAUUGUACUCCAAGAAAUUUACUUAUAUCAAGAAGAACUUGUGUAACGUAUUACUGAUGUUGUUUCUGCCUCUUUUAUCAGUGGUAUCAAUGGCUUUGAGCUACGAUGCACCUAGUGACUCGACAAACUUGUUUCCAAUGGAACUUAACAUGUACAGGCAUCCAAAGGUUUUGUACUCGUCUAAAAAUGAAACUAUUGGUAAAGGGUAUAGAGAUUCAGUAAAAUUUUAUGGCGGAUCUGUGACAGAAGUGGAACGCAAUACAAGCGUCACGCAAGCUUUGUUGGAUCACGCAGUUCAGGAUAUCGCCGAGUUUCGUAACAACUACAUAGUUUCUGCAGAAUUUAAUAUCACUAAUGACGUCUUGUACGCUAAUGCUUUUUACUCUGGAAUCGCAAUCCAUAGUGUACCAUUAACCAUGAAUUUAUUGUCGAAUGCGCUGAUCAAAAGUGCAUCUGGUGGUGAAUAUUCUAUUCACGUUUCCAGUCAAAAAUUACCAAAUGCCUUGUCUUCAACAAUAGUGUAUAUGCCAGAAAUGGAAUCAUUGUGGAGAGUAUUAGUCUUUUGCUGCUUUUUCUUUCCCACCGUAGCACUUUUUGUCAUCCACCCUUACCAGGAAACCGAAACCAAAAUGAAGCAACUUCAAAGAAUGACGGGAGUCACGUCUUUCUCGUAUUGGCUUACUAUAUUCUCCGUCGAUAUUUUAGUUCUUACGGCUACCAUACAUAUUAUUAUACUCGGAUUUUACUGCAUGGAUAUUAUCUUGGACAUACGUCUAUUCUACAGGAUAGAAAUACUGACAUUGUUAUUGUUGCUAUUACUUUUUGGUAUCAAUUCCUUAUUUAUAACGUAUAUCUUCAGCUUUAUCAAUAAAUCAAGGAAUACUGUGUUAAGUAUUUUAAAUCUUGCACCGAUUGGACUUGUUUUACUACAAUAUCUUUUGCACGAGGUGAUUCAUAGUUUCGAUAGUCUGAAAGUUUUACAUUCGAUUCAGAAAAGGCUGUUUCGUUUGGUGCCUCAUGUGAGCCUAUUCCAUGGUCAAUUAUCUUUCUACAAUGUAGCUCUACAAAACGCGAGGUGUCGUCGAUUACCAAAACGAUUGCAAGAUAUAGUUUGCUUGGGUUUAAUGGAUACUUGUUGCAGUUUGGAAUGCGCGGAUGGAGUGUGCAAGAAUCAGCUUUCUUAUUUUUCCAAUUACGAUAACGACAUGAGUCUAGGAGAAUGCGUUGUAUACCUCUCUCUUACACCGCUGUUAUAUUUUGCCAUACUUAUCCUUCUAGAGGAGCGUGUACCUCAUAAACUGUACGCUAAAAUACUAAAUCAAAAUUUAAAGAACGCUUGCGACAUAAAGGACGAUCAAGUGAAAAAGGAGAAGCACACGGUGGCGCAAGAAAUUAGAAAAUUACAAAAUCACGCUAAGACAAUAAGUAGGGAAGAGCCAAUGAAGAGAGUUCCUACUGGUCAGGAUCAUUUCUUCGAAAGCCCGGAGGAUAACAACGACAAUCUGUUCUUGGUUUAUGAAUUGAGCAAGUAUUACGGAUCACUGAUGGCAGUACAAGAGAUCAGUUUUCGUGUGAAGCAAAGGGAAUGCUUUGGAUUGCUUGGCGUGAACGGUGCCGGAAAGAGCACCACGUUUAGAAUGUUGACCGGUGAAGAGAUACCAAACAGUGGUACCAUGUACUUAGGAAAAUCAGAAAUUCAUGCUGAUAGAAAAAAUUAUCUUUCACAAAUGGGAUAUUGUCCACAAACUAACGCGAUGGUCAAUUCUUUGAAUUCAUUCGAUCAUUUGCGAUUGUUCGCCUUACUACGUGGCAUACCAAAAUCGAAGGUGGACUUAGAAGUGAGCAAAUGGAUCAAUCGACUCGAUUUAAAUGCUUGUAUGCAUCAACCAAGCGGAACUUAUAGCGGUGGGAAUAAAAGGCGGCUGAACAUUGCGAUGGCGCUUAUUGGAAAUCCCACUCUCGUUCUGUUGGAUGAACCAACAACAGGAGUGGAUCCAGCGGCCAGAAGGUCGCUCUGGAAUGUACUUCAAUCGUGCCAAGCAAUGGGACAGGCGAUUAUACUUACUUCUCACAGCAUGGAAGAAUGUGAGGCUUUGUGCAACAGACUAGUUAUUAUGGUGAAAGGUCAAUUGGUGUGCAUCGGGCCAAGUCAGGAAUUGAAGCAACGAUUUGGCGCUGGUUACGAUAUUCACGUUAAAUUGAAUCCCAAUCGGACGGACGAUGAUGUCAGUAACAUAAAGAGAACUAUGGAAUCUUCUUUAUCGUGUGAAAUUAGGGAUGAGAAUCUGGGUUUCAUCGCGUACCAUGUGAAUGAUAUUGGAAUGACGUGGGAAAAGAUGUAUAAUACAAUGAACGAUUUGAAAGGACGAUUCAGUUGUAUCGAGGAUUACGCCGUUUUAUCGGCCACGUUGGAACAACUUUUCAUUCAUUUCGCCAGGGGAACUGAAUUAACUAAGCCAGAGGCGCCUACUGUAGACUCUACGACCCAAACAGUAGAUGUAUAA